AUGUACGUCCGUUGGAUGGAGGAGAGGCCAGCAGCAACAGCAGCGGCAGCAACAGCAGCAGCAGCAGCGGCAGCAACAGCAGCAUGCAGCAGCAACGACAACAGCAAUGCACAGCCCCAAACAGAGCUGGAAGCUACUCAGCAGCAGCAGCAGCAGCAGGUGUCGGAGUCUACUGAGGUGCCCUCAGAGCAGCAGCAAGACGCAGCAGCAGCAGCAGCAGCAGAGAGCGCCGCUGCUGACUACGACCCGAUUGCAGCAAAAGAAGCUGCGUCUCUGGCAGCAGCAGCAGCAGCAGCAGGUGUCUCCUUGUCUGCUGUCCAUUCGCUGCUGCAGCUUCACCGCCUCUCCUUUUCCACAUUUCUGACACCAAAGAGCAGCAGCAGCAGCAGCAGCAGCAGCGGCAGCAGCAGCAGAAGCGACGGCGAGGAGCCCUCGCUGCUGUCGCUGUGCUUGCCUUCUGCUGCUGAGUUCGUGGAGGGCCAGGCGCUGCUGCGGCCUGCUGCUUGUGCUGCAGCAGCAGACUAUCAGCAGCAGAAGCAAAAAAGAAAAAGAGACAGAGAGAGACACAUGCAGUGGCGUCGUGCUGCUGCUGCUGCGCUGCAGCAGCGGCUGCGAGUCUCGAUGGCAGCUUUUGCUGCUGAGGAGGAUCGUUUUGCUGCGUACGACCCCGUUGCUGCUGCUGCAGCAGAAAGGGAGCAGCAGCAGCAGCAGCAGCAGCAGCAGCGGCUGCUGCUGCGGAAGCAAAAAAUGUGGUGGAUCCCCACCAGAACUAUUAAGGCAAGAAGGGCGAGGCGAGCAGCAGCAAAGCGGCUGAAGCAGAAGCUGCUGCUGCAGCAGGCAGCAGCAGCACGCAGGCUACGCAAGCAGCAGCAGCAGCAGCAGGGAGAGGACCAAGCAGCAGCAGCAGCAGCAGCAGCAACAAUGCGCGCAGAGGACCUGACGCAGCAGCAAAAGGAAGCAAUUAUUAUGCAGCGGCUGCAGCACCAAAGAGCUGUAUUGGGCCUGAGGCCCCUGGGGGCCCCCGGGGGGCCCCCCGGGACCCCAGCAGCAGCACCAGCAGCAGCAGCAGCAGCAGCAGAAGCAGCAGCAGCAGACUUUUACGUCAAAGAGUCCGUGCGCAUUGCUGACGCCUUUCAAAAAAUCACAGAUGAGUAA